AUGGUUGGGGAGCUAUUCCACGAUAUCAUCGUCGUCUGGUUCUGGCAGUCCGUGUUGGACGAAUUCUACAAUGCUAAGAACUGGCACGGUCGUUUCAGGGACAACACUGCACCUGGACAGCCAUUACCGCGAAAGUACGACGAAGCCCUCGGAGCACUGGAGCUCUUGCUCGUCAAUUCGAUGCAUAGUCAGUCGAAGCACCUUCAGGCAAUCAUUCCUCAACGGUCAGGCUUCCAUCAUCUGUGGACAUUCGAGCGUAUUCCAGGCGGCAAAUUCACGAUGAAGCGUAAGACUAACAACUCCAUUACGAAACUAUUCGACGAGGACCCGCCGGACUGGUGUUUGAUGCAGCUCCAGGGCGCACCGGAUGAGCAGCGCCGCUUCGACUAUGGGAUGCUCUUCGAUUUCCUCGACGAGCACCUCGCCCAGUGCUCCGCAAAGGAACGCGCUCGGCUGGACGAGAUCCUGUUUGCAAAGCUGUCCACCUACGCCGCGACCUCAGAGCUGCUCUGCGCAAUCCGUCUCCAUCGCCCCCAGAAUAAAUUCCGCGACGUCUUAGUGUUACGGCACAGCCUCUACAGGGUCACGUGGCCCACGUGA